CCCGCCCCCCAGUCCUCCCACCCCUCCCCUCCAGCAUGGUGCUCGCGGCCCCGCUGCUGCUGGGCUUCCUGCUCCUCGCCCUGGAGCUGCGGCCCCGGGGGGAGGCGGCCGAGGGCCCCGCGGCGGCGGCGGCGGCGGCGGCGGCGGCGGGGGCCGGGGGGGAGCGCUCGAGCCGGCCGGCCCCGUCCGUGGCGCCCGAGCCCGACGGCUGCCCCGUGUGCGUGUGGCGGCAGCACAGCCGCGAGCUGCGCCUGGAGAGCAUCAAGUCGCAGAUCUUGAGCAAACUGCGGCUCAAGGAGGCGCCCAACAUCAGCCGCGAGGUGGUGAAGCAGCUGCUGCCCAAGGCGCCGCCGCUGCAGCAGAUCCUGGACCUGCACGACUUCCAGGGCGACGCUCUGCAGCCCGAGGACUUCCUGGAGGAGGACGAGUACCACGCCACCACCGAGACUGUCAUUAGCAUGGCCCAGGAGACCGACCCUGCGGUGCAGACAGAUGGCAGCCCUCUCUGCUGCCAUUUCCACUUCAGCCCCAAGGUGAUGUUCACAAAGGUACUGAAGGCCCAGCUGUGGGUUUAUCUCCGGCCUGUGCCCCGUCCAGCCACAGUCUACCUGCAGAUCUUGCGACUGAAACCCCUAACUGGGGAAGGGACCGCAGGGGGAGGGGGCGGAGGCCGGCGUCACAUCCGUAUCCGCUCGCUCAAAAUUGACCUGCACUCACGCUCCGGCCACUGGCAAAGCAUCGACUUCAAGCAAGUACUACAUAGCUGGUUCCGCCAGCCACAGAGCAACUGGGGCAUCGAGAUCAACGCCUUUGAUCCCAGUGGCACAGACCUGGCUGUCACCUCCCUGGGGCCGGGAGCCGAGGGGCUGCAUCCUUUCAUGGAGCUUCGAGUCCUAGAGAACACAAAACGGUCCCGGCGGAACCUGGGCCUGGACUGCGAUGAGCACUCAAGUGAGUCCCGCUGCUGCCGAUACCCCCUCACUGUGGACUUCGAGGCUUUUGGCUGGGAUUGGAUCAUCGCACCUAAACGCUACAAGGCCAACUACUGCUCCGGCCAGUGCGAGUACAUGUUCAUGCAAAAGUAUCCGCACACCCACUUGGUGCAACAGGCUAACCCAAGAGGCUCUGCUGGGCCCUGCUGUACCCCCACCAAGAUGUCCCCAAUCAACAUGCUCUACUUCAAUGACAAGCAGCAGAUUAUCUACGGCAAGAUCCCUGGCAUGGUGGUGGAUCGCUGUGGCUGCUCCUAAGGUGGGGGACAGAGGCUGCCUCCCCAGCAGACCCCACCCCCAGACCCCCCAGCCCUGAGCCCCUCCGCCCAGGCCCUAGAGCUCCCUCCACCUCUUCGAUGAGCAUCACACCUUGUUCCCUGCCCAAGCAGUGUGCAAUACGGCCGAGGGAGGCAGGUGGGGAAUG